UUUCAGCAAUAUUCACAACAUACGGAGGUCUCUGCAAAAUCACUGCCAAUCAUAUUCUUAAACCAUCAUGCUAACUCUACUGUUGCUACUCUCGUCAUCUUUCACACUCACUGAUGCUUUCCUAUGGAAUUUGUUAGGCUUGGGCGGUCUUUUUGGUGGAGGUGGUGGCCUGCCAGGUUUGGGAGGAGGAGGUAUCGGAGGUGGAGGAUGUUGUUGCUGUUGUUGUUGUCCAAGUGGUGGAGCCCCAGCUCCACCACCACCACCGCCUCCUCCUCCUCCAAUGCCAGCCUGUCCCCCUUGUCCACCUUGUGGCGGAGCAGCACCAGUAGCAGCACCAGUGGCUGCUCCAGCAGCGGCUCCUUCAUAUGCAGCAGCCCCUUCAUAUGGAGCACCGGCCCCAGCAGCUGGAGGAGGCUAUGCAGUACCACCACCGGCAAUGUCAUCAUAUGACGCUUCAGCAGGAGCAAUGGCUUCAGGAGGCAUGGGCGCAGGAGCAAUGGCCCCAGGAGCUAUGGAAGCACCAGCGGCAGGAGCAGCUCCAGCCGGCGGAGACUUGGGAGGAGCUGUCAGUAAUAUCGUUGGAAGCGUAGCGUCAGCUGCAGGUAUCGGGAAGUAG